GGUGAGGCUCCUCGCCCUCGGCUUCUGCCUGUCGUCCCAAGAUGGCGGACACAAUGAGCCGGCGCGGCGCCGGUUGGCCCUGAGGUGACUGUGAGGAGGAACGGUCCGCGAGCCCUCGCAGUCCGGGCAGAAGAGCGUCGCACGUGCAGGAGGAAGAAGGGAGGAGGUGGCCCGGCUGUCGGCCGCCUUUGCCCUCGCCGCCGGCGCGGCACCCGCCCCGCCCGGGUCGGCCCCUCGGCAGCCAGCCCGCCUGCCCGCCCGCUCGCCGCCGGGCCCCGCCCCAGCCCUGCGCCGCCGCCGCCGCUUCCAGCAGCCGCCGCCAUGAAGCUGACCGACAGCGUGCUGCGGAGUUUCCGCGUCGCCAAGGUGUUCCGCGAGAACUCGGACAAGAUUAACUGCUUCGACUUCAGCCCUAACGGCGAGACGGUCAUCUCGAGCAGCGACGACGAUUCCAUCGUGCUCUAUGACUGCCAGGAGGGCAAACCAAAGAGAACUCUGUACAGUAAGAAAUACGGCGUGGACCUCAUCAGAUAUACCCAUGCAGCAAACACAGUCGUGUACAGCUCUAACAAAAUAGACGAUACUAUUCGUUACCUGUCCUUGCAUGACAACAAAUACAUCAGAUACUUUCCUGGACAUAGCAAAAGGGUGGUGGCCUUGUCCAUGUCACCUGUGGAUGACACUUUCAUUUCUGGGUCUCUUGAUAAGACCAUUCGACUCUGGGAUCUCCGGUCUCCUAACUGCCAGGGUCUCAUGCAUCUACAAGGCAAACCUGUUUGUUCCUUUGAUCCAGAAGGGUUAAUUUUUGCUGCAGGUGUCAAUUCUGAAAUGGUCAAACUUUAUGACCUUCGCUCUUUUGAUAAGGGGCCAUUUGCGACUUUUAAGAUGCAGUACGAUCGGACUUGUGAGUGGACAGGACUCAAGUUCAGCAAUGAUGGUAAACUCAUCCUCAUCUCCACCAAUGGCAGCUUCAUCCGUCUCAUCGAUGCAUUCAAGGGAGUGGUGAUGCACACCUUUGGGGGUUAUGCCAACAGCAAAGCUGUCACUCUGGAGGCCUCGUUUACUCCAGACUCCCAGUUUAUUAUGAUCGGUUCAGAGGAUGGCAAGAUCCAUGUCUGGAAUGGAGAGAGUGGUAUAAAAGUAGCUGUGUUGGAUGGCAAACACACAGGCCCCAUUACCUGUUUGCAGUUCAACCCCAAGUUCAUGACCUUUGCCAGUGCAUGUUCCAACAUGGCCUUCUGGUUGCCCACCAUUGAUGACUGACCUAGGUGCUGCUUGGCUGUUUGUGUACAGUGAGGGUGGCCAACAGGAAAGAACUCAGAGGGGACUGAGAUAAUGGAUUGGAUCAUUUGACUGGGCUGGAGAGCAUCCUUCCACAUGGCCUUCCCAUGGAUGUGCUGUACAUCUGCUCAAAAGAAAGUACUUUGCCGAGCUUCUUCAAAAAGACUCUUGGUGUGGCAGGUUCUAUCAGGACUUAGAUUUUCCAGCUGUCACUGCACUGAGCUCCUCCAAAGGAGUGACCAGAUUCAUGAUUAGGGUAUACUGGGGCCCUCAAGACGCCUUCAAUUUUGAAUGUAUUUGCUGCUGAAGAGCCGGUGAAGUUGUUAAUUCUGCACAUCCCUUUUCCCACCCCCAUAAAUGCAUGGGAAGCCACA